AUGGAAAGACUAGCAGCCACUUCACCGCAUCCAGCUGAACCUGCACCAGCCCCGGACUUCAGGUUUGUUGACAAUGAUGCGCUGCGGUCAGUCAAAACCAAGCGUAGUGAGACUGCGGCAAGACGUGCACAUGCGGCACGAGUGGCUCACCAGCGCCGACGUGAACGGCAGCAACAGGGUCAAGAGUCUACUCCGACUGGAAAGCGUGGUUCUGUGUCUGAGAGCGAGAAUGUGUACCUGUCUCCGCCGGCGGAGUUCAGUUUCGUUCAGGAGAAGGGGGACGAGGACGCUGGGAGACGUCGGACUGAGAGCUCAACACAGCAACAAGAGCGACAGACCCAGCAUCCUCCCAUACGGUCCCCCAAUGUCAUCGACCGUGACCUCACUAUCAUCCACAGAAAUCCCUCUCCAGCGAGCAGCGCCGCGAUUCUGGAUCGCCGGCUUGACCAGACGAGGACAGACCCAUUCAACCUGAUGGGUGCAAAAGACUUGCCGCGCGCAUUAAGACACACUCUCGACUACGCCUUUGACGUGUACUGGCCUGCAAAUGUCAAUAGUGCCCCGACCGAUCAGUCAUAUUCCCUCAUCCUGCGCCGAGGAGCUGCGAUGCAUCCUCAUGCCUUCCAUGGCCUUGUGGCUUCGGCUGCCAUGUUUCUCCAGAGAAGCACCCAAGACCGUCAAGUUGCCCGAGCAUGUGCUGCCUUGGUCAACACAAAUCGAACGAAGGCUAUUCAGUUGAUCAACGAGGAACUUGAUCAAUUGCAGGGGGCUGUACCGUCGGAUGACCUUCUCAUGGCAAUGGUCGCUGUGGCCAGAGGUUCGGUUGCACAUUCGAGAGUUCCGCCCGCAAGCUCGAUAUCAAAGUCCCCAUUGGCCAGGGCGCAGAAUCUUCAUUUCUACAGUACUCAGUCACUCGACCCUGGAUAUAUCAAGGCUUUCUUUGACAUCAUCGAUCUGAAGGGUGGGUUGACUGGUGUCCAAACACCUGCGCUCGCGACGUUGGCAGAAUUCUUCGACCUCACCGUAUCGACCUUGACAGGGCAACGGCCGAAAUAUGACUGGAGACAUCCGCGACAACCAUUGCUGACAUACGAAAUUGGAGGUCUCAUCAUCGACCCGAUUUCUGCUAUGCUUCUCAAAGAUCUCGGCUCUGGCUUCGACAAAAACAUUCUUCUAGACAUCCGUCCGACGUUGAACAUGGUCUGUGAACUUGUUAUUGCUCUGGACCGGCUGAUACGCAAGGCAGUCCCCGAGCCUGCGAUGCAUGAUUUAAUCAAUGCCCGAAACGCCAUUCAGCAUGCGCUUUGCCGUAUCCAACGUCACGUUCAUCCUGCCAGUCUGGAAGAAGCCAUUUUCGAGACCACGAGGGCUGCUCUGCUCUGUUUCAGCGACAUGGUCAUUUUUCCUAUUCCCACGAACACCGGCGUUCGGAUACGACUGGUCACGGAGCUCUAUGAGUCCCUGCGUGCUUGCGAGACCUUUGAAGCGGUUUCUCAAGGGUUCGAUUCAUUUCAACUUUGGGCCACCACCAUGGGUGCGAUCGCCGUAAUGAAUCUGCCGCUCAAGGAUUCCGUCCUUGACAUGUUGAAAAGGCUCCUCUCUAUACAUUGCUGGACGUGGGAAAUUGUCAAGAUGCAGCUGCACAAUUUUGUUUGGUGGGACCACAUGUGUGACGAGUUGGGGCAGACUGUGCACCGAGAAGCAAUGGGCAUAGCUUCUUUUCCGACACCACCACCAGGUAUACAACAGACGUUGACCUCUCAUCGACCUCCAGACAGAUAG